GGACACCAGUCGGAGGGUCUACGCAAGUACGGUGCCGCCUUCCCCGAGCAGCGCUGCUUCACCCUUGUCUUCAAGGGCAAGCGCAAGAACCUCGACCUGGCCGCCCAGGAUGAGAAGGACGCCCGUCAUUGGGUGCACGGGCUCAGCAAGCUGAUGGGGCGCCUCCAAGCCAUGAGUCAACCAGAGAAGCUCGACCACUGGAUCCAUGGGGUCCUGCAGCGAGCAGACAGGAACAAGGACAACAAGAUGUCCUUCCGGGAGGUGAAGAGCAUGCUGAGGAUGAUCAACAUCGACAUGGAUGACGGCUACGCCUACAAGCUCUUUAAGGAGUGCGACCGUUCGGGCGACGAGCGGCUGGAGGGCUGGGAAGUGGAGGAGUUUUGCCGACGGCUGCUGCGGCGGCCAGAGCUGGAGGAGCUUUUUGGGCAUUACUCGGGCGAGGACUGUGUCCUGUCGGCCGAGGAGCUGCGGGAUUUCCUCCGGGACCAGGGCGAGGACGCCAGCCUGAGCCAGGCCCGCGCCGUCAUCCGCACCUACGAGCUCAACGAGAAGGCACCCCGACAGGACCUGAUGAUGCUGGAUGGCUUCAUGAUGUACCUCCUCUCAGCCGCUGGUGACAUCCUCAACCAGGAGCACACCAAGGUGCACCAGGACAUGAGCCAGCCCCUGUGCCACUACUUCAUCUCCUCCUCCCACAACACCUACCUGACCCACAACCAGAUCGGUGGCACCAGCAGCACCGAAGCCUACGUCAGGGCGCUGAUGGCUGGAUGCCGUUGCGUGGAGCUGGACUGUUGGGAGGGCUCCGACGGGGAACCCAUCGUCUACCACGGCCACACGCUCACCUCCAAAAUCCUCUUCCGUGAUGUCAUCGAGAGCAUUCGUGACUACGCCUUCAAGCAAUCGCCCUACCCCGUCAUCCUGUCCCUGGAAAACCACUGUGGGCUGGAGCAGCAGGCCACCAUGGCCCGGCACAUGAAGGCCAUCCUGGGGGACAUGCUGCUGACACGGCCGCUGGAGGGGCAGGACUCCCACGACCUCCCGUCCCCGGAGCAGCUGAAGGGGAAGGUCCUGGUUAAGGGCAAGAAGCUGCCAGAGCCACGGCAUGAGCCCCAGGAUGGCACCUCCCUUCCGGACCCUGAGGAGGAGGAAGAGGAGGAGGAGGAAGAGGAGGAGAAGCUGCAGGAGAGAAGCAGCCGGCGGGACGCGUCACAGGUGGCCCCGGAGCUGUCAGCCGUGGUGGUGUACUGCCAGGCUGUGCCCUUCCCUGGCCUGACCCACGCCCUGCGCCACCCCCGGCCCUGCGAGAUGUCCUCCUUCAGCGAGAGGAAGGCUCGGAAGCUCAUCAAGGAGGCGGGCUCGGCACUGGCCCGCUACAACGCCCGGCAGCUCAGCCGCGUCUACCCGCUGGGGCUGAAGAUGAACUCCUCCAACUACAACCCCCAGGAGAUGUGGAACGCCGGCUGCCAGCUGGUGGCCCUCAACUUCCAGACGCCGGGCUACGAGAUGGACCUGAACACCGGGCGCUUCUUGGGCAACGGGGGCUGUGGCUACGUGUCUGUCCCCACACACAGCCACGUGCCACCCAUGUCCCUUCUCCCGGGCUCCGCCACCCCGCGGUGCCCCGUGCCACCGGCUCCCACCACCCCGUGUCCCCAGGUGAUCACGGCGCAGCAGCUGCCCAAGCUGAACCGGGAGAAGGGGAGCUCCAUCGUGGACCCCUUUGUGCGGGUGGAGAUCCACGGCGUCCCGGGCGACUGCAGCAAGCAGCAGACCCACCACAAGCUCAACAACG